CUGCGUUCCACAUAAAGGCGUUUGUGUUGGCAACCUCGAACGCGGCCGUGGUGACUCGAAGUGCCGCCAAGACACGCAACACUACUGAUACAUGGGGGUAGAAGGGGAGAUCGUGCGUAUCUCUCUUCCCAAUGACUCAAAGCUCGGGAUUGCCAUCACCCCACCGAAGCAUGGGGUCACCGUGCGGGGUCUCAAGAUUGACAAGGUGCAGAACGAACUGUUUGUGGGGCGCAUCUCCCACGGCGACUUGCUGCUCGAAAUCGGCGGCGUUAAAUUGGACGGCAUGAAGUUUGCGGACGCCGUCAACCUGAUCAAGACGAUGCCGCGGCCGUUGGAGCUCACGUUCGAAAUCAUUCCGCCGCACUUGAAAAAGAUGGCGACGACGCGGGAAGGCGGCGAAGAAGUGAUCGACAAGAUCCCGUCGUACAACGUCGUACUAGAUGGCGACAAGAUCGGGUUUCAGCUGGACGACGGGUCGCGCCUUGGGAUCGACGGGACCGUCGUCAAGGCCGUGCGGGACCAAGCCGAGGACGCCGGCAUCGCCGUGGGCGACAUCGUGUACAAAGUGAACGGCACGGAGGUGUUGUUUAUGAGCUUGAAACAAGUGCAGAAGCUCAUUAAGGCCACGCUUCCCCCUCGAUCGUUGGAUUUCAUUCCAAAGGCCAACUUGGAGGAAGUCCAGCGCAUGAACCAGGAGCUGUCGGCGAUGGAGAAGCAGUUGCGGCUGCCGAUCCCCAAGCACGAAGUCGAGGAGAAGUCCAUCACGGAGAUCAUCAAGGAGCAUCGCGCGACCAAGAUCAAGGAAGGCCCGAUGUACAAGCAAGGUCGAGUGGUGAAGAACUGGAAGCUGCGCCACGUAGUACUCCGCGUAACCAAGCUCGAGUACUUCAAAGACGCGCGAGACAAGAUCCCCCAGGGAAUUGUCGACUUUGAAAACUGCCGGUGCACGGUGCGGUCGCUGCCGUCUGCAGUCAAGACACCGUCGACCCCCGGCGGCCACCUCCUCGAACUCGCCGCCGGCGACCGCGUGCUCGUCAUGUCAUGCACGACCGACAACGAAAAAGCCGACUGGCUCGAGGCCCUUCGCGUUGCCAUCGACGCGUCCAAGGCCGUCACGCGGCAAGAAUCGUCGCUCGGGUACAACCAGGACCCGUCGCUGCUCCGUCGCGAUGAAACGAUCCUGCACAAAACAUUCAAAUCGAUCGAGUCAUCUGGCGGAAAUUUCGUCAAGCGCCGCGAGUCGAUUGCGCUAAAUCAGCAUCCUUCUCAUGCUCAGGGAGUGAAUCCGCCGCUGACGACGCAGUUGUCCAUCCAAGCCGGGGAUGCCUCUCACUCGGCCGUCAAGAUUGAAGUGUGCGCCGUGGCCAACCUCACUAAAGCGUUCUUCCACGUGCUGAAUCCGUACUGCGAAGUGACGCUGGGGGCAGAGACGUUCAAAACCCCCGUGGUGCGGGACACAUUGAAUCCUGUAUGGAAUGAAGACAACAAGGUCGUGUUUGGGGUGCUGGAUGACGACGCCGUCGUGGAGAUUCGCGUGUUUGACGAACGGUCGUUCCGCGGGUCGGAGCUGCUGUCGACGCUGACAAUUCCGCUGUCGUCGCUUCCACCCAUGCAAAAGAUUGAGCACACGUACCCGCUCAUCUUGGCGGAUCGGUCAGCCCAUGCGUCGAUCACGAUGAAGUUGGAGUUUAGCUACAACAACACCAGCAGCAGCAAUCGGACCAGCCAAGGAAAAACCGCCGACACGUUGCCGCCGCUACCGCCAACCACGACGCCACCUGUUCAAGGCAAGAAUGCGUUUCCCGAUGUCAACUUGGCAGGGCUGACGCAAGACGAGAUUGACCAGCUCAACGAAAUGUCUGAUGUGGCGGACGCCGAGGCCGACGACGCGAGUCGCAUUGCCAAGCAAGCGCAAGAGCUGGCCAAUUCGCUGAUCGAAGACGCCCGGCGGAAAGCGGAGAUGGCGAUUGAAGCCGCGCAGUUGGAAGCGAUGGGGCAAAAGGCCGCGGCCGAAGAGGCGCGGGCGGCCGCCAAGUUGGCGCGCGAACAAGCGGAUCUGCAGAUGGCGGCGGCUCGGAAAGCGCAAGAAGAGCUGCAUGAAGCACAGAAGCGACGCCAGCUCAUCCGAUCGGGGUCCACGGCCGUCAACCUCGGCGGGUCCAGUGGCGGGCAAAGCGGCGGGUUUGGCCAGUUUUUGGCCUAUCGUACCAUGUUUGUACGUGAAAAAGUGAGCGAGGAGGAAGUACGCGCCAAGAUGGUGUCGGACGGCAUCGACGAUGAACAGAUCACACACUUUUUCGAAGGAAUCAAGGACUACCGCGCGAAAAUGGCCGAGCUCGAGCAGCAGGUGGAGACGUUGAAGCGAGAGCGCAGCAUCAAGAAGCGCGAGGAAGAGGACGCGAGUAGUCGGCCCAAGGAGCCGUCCGCCGCCGACAUGUUGCAAUCGGGCACGAUCUCGAGCGACCAAGAGAAGAUUCUGAGGCGGUUGUUAAAGCUGGAAAAACAACUCCAACAGGCAGGGAUCGUCGUGGCCGAAGACAUUCCGUACGAAGAAGCGAAGAAAAAGGUCGAGGAAAUCUCGCGGCGCAUGGGGGAGAUUGGGUCGGCGGAUGUGACACACCCGGACGUGACCGUGCAAAAGGCGCUACGGGAAGAGUACUUCAAGCUCGAGCAGGACAUGGAAAAGUACAAUGGCGCGCUCAUGCUUACGGACGAGUACGCGGCCGAACAGGACCGCAAAGAGCGCGAGUGGGAGGAAGAGAACCGCGAAGCCAACGAAAAAGCGAUCCGCGCGAUCCGCCGCAUGAUGCCCGUCGACGUCAAGUCCAUGUCGGAGGCGCAACUGCAAGCGAUCGAGACGUCCACGGGCCUUAAGCUCUCGCGCGAAGUCGCGCUCAAGUUUAAGCGCACCAACGUCCUGGAAAUCCUCCGAUCGAACCCGAUGGACUUGCAGAAGAACCACCCGAGUUUACUCGAUGGGCUACGUGUGACGGGGCUGACUGUCACGGAGCGCCGCGCGCUGUAUGUGCACCUGAGGGAUGUGGCCGAGACAUGGAAGGCCCAGCAAAAGGAAGAAAUGGCGGGCCGCAAGUACGCGUGGUUUAAGAGUCUCAAGGACACGUUCAAGACGGCAGUCGGCGCGUACAACCGACACGUGGCCCAGUAUGGCCCCCCUGGCAACCAUCCGUACGCGACCCGUGAUGACCCUGGCGUGGGAUGCCCUAUGAUUGGCAAGCAGUGCCCCCUCAAGGCGGACGCCGCGCCCGCGUACAAUUUGGACCUGGGGUUCCCCGAAGGACCUGUGUAUCAGCAAGUGAAUGUGACCUUGUCGACCCCCGACGACGCGGGCGCGGCCGCCAAAGCCGAGCUGGAAAAGCUCAAAGCCGCCAAGAACGAAGCGGCGUCCAUCGAGCGCGAGAACGACCUGAAGGAGCACUACAAACACAUCAAGGGCAACACGCUCGUGAUGGUCAAGGGCGCCAACGGCGCGUGCGAGAACCUGUCCGAGCUGGUCGACAAGGUCGAGCUCAAGCAGCGCGAUUGGUUGAAGAAAAAUCUCGACAGUGGGGAGCCAAGUGCGUCGGGGAAGAAGGCCGAAGUGGCAGAGUUCGACGAGCUGAUCCAGGAACUCCGGCUCAAGUCGAACCAGUUUGCCGAACGCUCAGGCAUGUACUUGCAAGGGCGACGCAACCCCGACAAAGACACGGCUGACACACGGUCGUUUCACGAGUUGAAUCACGUACUGCUGAUGAUUGAAGCGAUCGACGACUGCUUUGCCGGGCUGGACGACCGCAUGAAGAAGGUCCGGUUUGACGACGAAAAGCGACUACGAGGGGCCAUGAAGACAGUCACGGACGUGACCAACGAGCUCAAGACACGGAGCCAAACGACGCUCAAGGCCUUGGGGCCGACGCCGGCACUGGCUCGCAAACUCAAGUCCAGGGCGGAGCUGUUAAAGGAAGUCAAAGCCGAACGGGUCGCGAGUGGAGGAGGGGGCGGGGGGGCGGCAGCCGCCGCGGGGGAUGAAUCAGCCCCUGCUCGCCCCCCGCAUCCGAUGAUGGGCGGACGGGGACGCGGCGGCAACCCGCUACUCGCGGCCAUCAAUGCCAAAAAGAAGGGCGAUGACGACGACGACGACACCGGACGCCGUCCAAACCCCAUGGGGGGACGCGGAAGGGGAAACCCCCUCAUGGCAGCCAUUGCGGCAAGGAAGAAGGGCGGGGACGACGGCGACAGUGACCCGCCACCGGCACGACCCGCCAACCCUCUGAUGGCAGCCAUCGCCGCUCGAAAAAAGCCAGACGACAGCGGCGACGGCGCCCCCCCCGCUCGUCCAGCGAACCCGCUCAUGGCAGCCAUCGCAGCAAGAAAGAAACCCGAUGAAGACGAAGCCCCAGUUCGACCAGUGAACCCAUUGAUGGCAGCGAUAGCUGCUCGUAAGAAACCAGAAGCAGACGAUGCCCCCCCGGCACGUCCAGCAAACCCUCUCAUGGCAGCUAUUGCCGCUCGUAAAAAGGUCGAAUAGAAGCACAGUUGACUGUUUAUCGAGGAGAUGAUUUCGAAGUACGACAGUACACUUGGUGGACGCGGUACAUACUACUGUCCGUCGUGCCUUAUGCUGC